AUGGGGCCAAGAUGGAAAGGAAAGGGGGCAGAAGCUAAAGCACUAGCAGAUCCCAUGUCAAAAAUAGUAUCCCAGCUUCGAUUAUCUUUCAUUGAGUCUGAUUUGCAAGGAUUGCUCUCGGGUUGUAUUGUACUUCUUGAAGCAAACGCAGAACAGACUGACCUUCUAAACCGGGCGUGCUUUGGUCGCCCCAUCGUCAAUGCUGAUAAGGAUAAGCAGUGGUUUCAACUGAGUAUGGAGGAAGCUUUUUACCUGUGCUUUGCACUAAAGUGUGUUAAGAUUAUAUGUAAUGAUAAGUGGUUAAAGAAUGAUGAAGAGUUUUGGAGUUGCAUGACACCUAAGAGAGCUAAUUUUCAUAACCUGUGCAUAGCUUAUUCUCAUCUUCGAAUGAAGAACUGGGUGGUGAGGUCGGGAUCACAAUUCGGUGUAGACUUUGUCGCCUACCGUCAUCAUCCUGCUUUGGUGCAUUCUGAAUAUGCUGUGCUUGUUUUAUCCGGGAAAGAUGAGAAUACAAAUGGUCGGUUGAGGGUUUGGUCAGAUUUCCAGUGCACGCUUCGACUUUGUGGCAGCGUUGCAAAGACAUUGCUGGUUCUAUACAUUAACAAAAAUGGCAAUGGUGUUGUGUUUCCUUCAUGUUUAGAGAAUUACAGUGUGGAAGAGAGAAUGAUCACCAGGUGGAAUCCCGAGCAAAGCAGGGAAAAUGGAACCAAGUAA